AUGGCCUACUACGAGGAACAUGGAGGCGAUGGCCCAGGGCGAUUUGGAAAGAAUUUCGAUGGUCCAGUUGGACCUCGCAGACCCCGUCUUGUCACGGAUUAUGGCUCUUCGAUGGUACAAUGGAUGCGAACACGGCAACCGCGAUACAAAGGAGGACACCGAUUGGAGACUGAGCGACCAAGUGCCAGCUUUACCGUCGAUGUUCUUCCCCCGAUGGCGCGACCAUACUCCGCCGUCGAUACAAUUCCUGUGCGGCACCUACACCAAUCGAUCGGAAAAUCAAAGAAACCCAUUGUUGUAGUACGAUGGACUCCUGAAGGAAGGCGGCUGUUGACCGGCGGUCAUACGGGAGAGUUUAUGCUUUGGAAUGGAACAGCGUUCAACUUUGAGACGGUCAUGGAUGCACACUACGAUCAAAUCCAAGCCGGUGUCACCUCCUUGGCUUGGGCCCAUAGCCAGGACUGGCUGGUCUCCGGUGGACAAAGAGGCGACAUCAAAUACUGGCGACCUAACUUUAACAAUGUUGAAACAAUUGAUGACGCACAUCAUGAUGCAGUUCGUGAUUUGGCUUGGGCACCGAGCGAUACCAAGUUCCUUUCAGCGUCCGAUGACACCACACUCAAGAUUUUCGACUUCGCAACCCGAACGGCCGAUGCGACAUUGACUGGACACAACUGGGAUGUCAAGUCCUGCGACUGGCACCCAACCAAGGGCUUGAUCGUUUCUGGAUCAAAAGACCACCAGGUCAAGUUCUGGGACCCUCGCACUGGCCGCUGCUUGACGACCCUUCAUAGCCAUAAAAACACUGUCACAUCCACCCGAUUCUCGCGGGUGAACAACAAUCUUCUUGCAACUUCUUCGCGCGACCAGACCGCGAGAGUAUUUGAUCUACGUAUGAUGCGCGAUAUCUGCAUUUUGCGAGGCCAUGAAAAACCGGUUUCUUCUUUGACAUGGCAUCCUAUUCACAGUAACUUGAUCUCGACUGGUGCCGAGGAUGGUUCUCUCUAUCAUUAUCUACUGGAUGAGCCCAACCUCCCGGCUGGCCAGAUUCCUACCGUGGCUCCAUACGAUAGCCCGGACCCGACCAAUACUCCGCCCCAAGUGAUCUACCCGGCACACCGAGUGCAAUACGCGCACGGUGCUACGAUUUGGUCACUAGACUGGCACCCAUUGGGCCAUAUCUUGGCUUCUGGAUCUAAAGAUAACUUCACUCGAUUCUGGUCACGGACUCGACCCGGGGAGACUAGCUACAUGAAAGACCGAUUCCACAUCGGGGAGGAGGCCGCAGAAGCCCAGGGAACGUGGAACCGCGGCUUCGGCCGGAAACAAAUGCGUGAAGAAGAGGAGCAAGAAAUGCAAGAUGAGGCCGACAGCUUGGUCGACCAACGACGACCAGGCGGCCCCGCUCUGCCAGGUAUUCAAAGUGCGCCGCCGGCCGGCCCUCAGACCGAUGUUCCAGGCUUGCUACCUGGCAUUGGCAGCGCCCAGCCUCGCCAGCCAGGACUGGAUGGUGCUAUGGGUGGGAUGGAUCCUGGCCGUUUAGCUGCUCUCAUGUCUACGCACCCCCCAUCACAGUCGAACACCCCCACACCUGGAAUGCAUGGCUUCCCCAUGCCGCAGGGUAUGGCCGGAGCCCCUCCGAUGAAUAUGGAUCUAGCACAAUUGCAGAAACAACUCCAGGGCUUCCCCAUGCCGCAGAAUCUCAACCUCCAAGCUUUGGCGAAUAACCCAGGCUUCCCCGGUGGAUUUGGUGGCUUGCCUGGUUUGCAUGGUGGUGGUAUGCCUGAUGGCAAUCGGAGACAGUGA